CAUUUGUAUUCAAAUUAAAUUAAUUUUUUUCUAAUUUUAUUUGAAUGUAAAAAUGAGUUUCAUAUUACAAUUUCAUCGACAAAUUCGUCGUUACAUUUAUAAUCCGGUUUAUAAAGGACCGUUUGAAUACAAAAAACGUGAUACAAAAAUGUAUAGAUAUCCAUUUGGUAUUAAUAAAACUCAAUUAGAAGAAAAAUUUGCUGAAAUCAACGAGAUUCGUGCUAAACCAUUGAAUGAUGAAGAUGUUUCACCUUUUCAUUUAGUAUGGCGAUAUAAAUCAUUAUAUGGCAAUCCUUGGAAUCAUAAAUUGAUCCUUCGGAGAUUGGGAAUGCAUCAACUGAAAAAAAACAUACCAGUUAUUAUACCGAAUACACCACAUUAUAAUAAUAUGCUUUGGGAGAUUAAACAUUUGAUUCGUUUGAAGCCAUUGAAAUUUCCGGAUGGACUUCCAACUGAAGAAGAUCUAGGUUCAAUUAAAGUGGAUUUAGAAACCGGUGAGAUGCGUAUCAAUCGUGCAUAUCGAAUACCGAAAGAAUCAAUGGAUCGUAGUGAUCCACCACCAAUGUUUUGUGGUAAAUAUUUACGUGAAUAUCUAAAAUGGUCAUCCGGCCUGGUUGGUUAUUCAUUGCCGAAUCAUGAAAUCGAUACUAAAGAUGGAAAUAGAAUUGAAGAAUAUGAUCAAAAAAUGAAAAAUUAUUAUCAACAUCAACAUGUAUUUUAUAAUAGCAAAAAAUGAAAAAAAAAAUUUAUU